UAGCCAAUGCUAGCAUGCUAACACGCUAAACUAAGAUGGUAAACAUUAAACCUGCUUAAAAGAUCCUUUCAAGUCUGUCUUAAAACAGCUGUCACAUGCCCCUAUGUACACUGAAAGUUAUUGAUCUGUACUCAUCCCUCCUGUCCAUACUGACUGUGAAUAGAGCCCUUUUUUUUUAAAAAAAAGUAUUUUAUUUUAAAUGUAUUUUAUAUUUAACAUAAAGUUGAAGCACACAAUAAAUUCAUAGGCUAAAUUAAUAUUUAGGAAAUGUAUCUUAAAGUCAAGUUAUGUAUCUUUUUAAAAAAAAUUAUAUUUGCACUUUCCACAACAAUGGUUCUGCAGUCAGAUAUUGUUGGUUUUGAUCUUCUCAUUGAUCAGUGUCACUGUAGUUGAUUGUUGCUGUACACACUUGCAUUGCACUAAUUACUGAUGCAUGUAUCUGUAUUUCCCCACCACACCUCUCUGAAGUGACUCCAGCAGGGAGAACCACAGGCGGGUUCUGCGCAUGGUCAGUUUCACCCCGGUCCCCCCUCUCUCUCUCUCUCUCUCUCUCUCUCUCUCUCCCUCUCUCUCUCUGCAUCCUCCUCACACAUGAUCCAGCAGCAUCCAUCUCUCCGGAUAUCCACAGCCGUCUGAUUCCCGCCUGGUCGCGGCACCAGCACCAGAGAGGGAUCUGUUUAGGAUUUAGGAUUUUAACUCUCCAUAGGAUUCAACAGGAAGUGACAGCGAAUGGUGAUGGGAGGAGUAAAAAAAUGGAAAUAAAUAACUACCAAGUGAGGACAAUGCAGAGCGGAGGGAUUGUGAAGACAUGAGCACAUCGAACAGAUGGAGUCCUCUUUCAACGCCGUAGAGCUCCGGGAGCUGCGGGGCGGAGGAGGCCGGCGAGGCGCGUCUCCGACGCCGCCCUCAGCGCCCUGGACGGCGGCCACAGUGGGCUGCGCCGCCCGGGGCUUCGAGAACGCCUCCUACCUGCAGGACGAGGAGCGUGACCGCCGGCAGCAGGGGGCGACCGCCUCGGAGGGGGGUCCGCCCUCGGCUUCAGGAGACAGCAAGGCGGAGCAGGAGCAUCAGGAGCUCUCUCCACAGUCGUACGAUGAGGAGGAAGGAGGUGGAGGGCAGGAGGACGGCCAGGACUUCCCCGAGUUCAGCCCCGCUGACGACCACUCGGCGGACUACGGCUUCAUCUUCGCCCUGGUGUUCCUGGUGAGCGGGAUCGUCCUGGUCGUCAUAGCCUACACCAUCCCCCGAGAGGCCAAAGUCGACCCGGACUCCGUGUCGGCCCGCCAGAUGGAGAAGCUGGAGAUGUACUACGCCCAGCUGGGCUCCCACCUGGACAAGUGCAUCAUCGCGGGCCUGGGCCUGCUGACCCUGGGAGGGAUGUUCCUGUCUGUGCUGCUCAUGGUGUCCAUCUGCCGGGGCGAGAUGUACCGACGCAGGGCGGCGUUUGUUCGACCCAAGAGGACUUACGGCUCCAUCAACCUGAGGAUGAAGCAGCUGGCGACUGGAGAGGCAGUAGGUGGCGAGGGCGGGGACGGAGGUGAGGAGUUUUUGGUGGAACAUGCAGAGACGCGGAAUAACAUACAGCCAGGUCCUAGCCGGGACUCCAAAUCAGAACCAGGACCAAGCAGGCACCCUCAUCCUGCUGCGUCUUCCUCGUCUUCUACAACUGCUGCACAUGGAGUCAACUAGCUGUGCUUUACUUUCACUCUGAAGCUGUGUUGCCUUCCUCUGAGUGAGCACUCGGUUGCAAAAUGGGGAUGCUAAAUGGUGCAGGCCCCCCAUUUGUGCUGUCAGGAGAAGCACAUCUUGAGCACAAGGCUCUCUGCUGGAGCGACCCAGCUUCAAUACCGCAUUUUGGGAUGAACAUAAACAUAAAGUUAAUGGGAUAUUUAUUCUAACCAAUCAUAAGGGAUGUAUUACUUAACAAAAGAGGGCUCGAGCCGGUAGAAGAAGAGAGGUAAGCCUUUGCCAGUGUGGAAAAGAGCACAUAUGGAGAUGUAUGGUUGUAUAUCAAAGAUUACAGUUCCAACAUAAAUCCUAGUAUGUUAAUCAGAGACUGAGUUUUACAUUAAAAAGCACAUUGUGUCCGACAGCCCUGGAGGCUCGUCGUCACUGCAGAAAGCAAGAUUAAAACUUUAUUUAUAAAGUCCAGUGUUGAAACUCAUCUAUCAGGUGACCAAAAGAUGUUCAACAUUUACACCUAGCCAUAUUUUAGACCCUAAUCACAAGAUUAAUGUUAACACAGACAUUAUCUGACAUGUCAUGCUGCUGUGAAUGUCACUGGAAGGCUGUUAGACGUUACAGUGUGAGUGUCAUUACUGGACUGUCUAAAUAAAGUUUUAUGGAAAGUGUGAUGCUAGCUCUCGCACAAAUAAACAGAGGCAACAUUUUUGACACUAAUAUUUCACUCUGGUGUGACAUUUACAUCCACCACCAGCAUCAGCAAUAAAUGGACGAUAACAGUGGAGAAGAUAAAGAAUUUAAAUAAUCUUAAAACCACACACCCUCAAAAAAGGAUGUUCAAUUCAAACCUGCAUUAAGCAAUAUUUUGUGUUAUAUAAUAUUAUAUAAUAUUAUGUUAUUAUUAGAUUUUUAAGAUGUCAAAUAUCAACAAAAAAUAUGACCAAAAAAUAGCUUGAUUUGUCGCUGGGUUCUGUUUUGAAAAAUAGCUGCUAAAGAGUCUUUAAAGUCACCAAAUCUAGAGAGAAAGUUGCUAAGUUUCCGAGGCGCUGUAAUGUUUUUUGGAGUCUUUAUGCCCCCUCAUGGUCAAAAAUUGCUUAAUGCAGGAGCGCCUCGAUAGCCAUAUAACCGCAACGUUGGCGGUUCGACUCCAUGUCGUGCACCCCUCUCUCUCCCGCCAUUUCCUGUCUGCCUCUUCACCUCUCUCUGUCCCAUAAAGGCAAAAAAAUGCCCAAAAAAUACCGUUUUUUGCUAAUGCAGCUUUAACAUUUGACAUUUUAAAAGAUUUAGCUGACUGAUUUGAGUGCAACAGCAUGAUCAGCUUUAACUCACCGAAAAGGACAAAGGUGCACAAUGAAAUUAGACUAUAAGGAAAAACAAUGAGAUACACAGAGGUGUAGGAGGGGAUGAUACGAGGAGGGAGGUGUUAGACUGAGAGGACUGAUAUGAGUCACUGUUAAGAGGGUGACACACAUUACCCAGAAAGCAUUGCAUCCGCCGUCUAAGAGCUCUUCUACACUCUUACCUGAUUUGAUGUUGUUAGUCACUAAUCAUUUUCGACCUCUGCUUGAAGUUGUUUUGUGUUUUUAUCCAACACAUCUGGGAUGAGGAAGAUUUUGUCACCGCGUCUUGGCUGCAAAUCGAUUCUGUUUUUUUUUUUUUCACAGUGGAAACUAGAUGAAGGAAAGAAAUUGACUGUGUUUUCAUCACAGAAAUUUCUCUACCAGGCUGAAUCGAUUUUUGUGCAGCCAUAUUGGGUCAUUUAGUUGGGAUUGCAUAUUUGUUUGAAGGUGAUUCUCAGACAGCCGGAGAAGACGUGUAAUUUUGCAAGUGACAAAACUAGACAGGGAAAUCUGUGAAGCGAAGGCGUCAAAGUCAACUCCUCAAGAGUUUCUCACCCGGCGGAGUUUUUGAACACUUUCACUGCUGGCCGCUGAAUAAAUGACAGUUUUACAUGUACAUGUAAUGUUUUGUGCUUUCAGUGAAUUCAACAUUACAGUGAAAUAAUAACAACUCGGAUCUCCAAAGUAUCUUGUCACAUAUGCAGUGUCUCACACUGCAUCACUCAAAACUGUUGCCUCGUGUUUACUAAUUAGCAUUUUCUGCCAGCAUCACUUUCUACAGCAUCCGAGUGAAUCUUUGUAUCAUGCUGCAAGUAAAUGUCCACCAUCAGCAGCUCCUUUAAAAUGCGAAUGAAUGAUUAUAUUUAUCUGAUGUUUAAAGAUCCCGAGAGUUUAGUCGACAGUAAAACUAGGCCGUGCUACAACAGCUAGUCGCUGCUGUAGUAAGAAAACGUCACACUUCCAGCUACAGUGACUCUCUGGUUUCAUUGAAUUUAAAGUUGAAAUGAACCUUAACGGACAGAGCAAGUAUUAUAAUCAGGAAGUCCAUAGAAUCUAUAAAAAAAAUAAUGUAGACCUGUGCUUUAAAACGUAAAACAGCUAAUUUAAUCUAAAAGAACAAACAUCAAGGUGUCUUCUGAGUCUUUUUUUCUAUCUGACUGCAGCUUGUAGUCCGGAGAAGACGCUGGUUUUGACUGGAACGAACCUUUAAUGACACAGCGCCUACUUAUUUGUAUUAUAUGUAAACAGAUGUUAUUUAUGUCAUGUAAGGAUACAAUAUGCCUUAAUGAGUAAACACAGACACUGUAAAUUGUCUACACGCAAAUAUUAUUAUGCUAAUGUAUUUAAGGUCUGUAUAUUGAGACAAUUAGCCAAGGGUAAUGUAGCUCCACACGCAGACACACACACAUAAAAUGUCCUCAUAGGUCAGUUUGUGGCUCUGUACUUGUGAGGACAUCUCAAGUCUAAUUAAUAUACAUACACACUGACAUACUAAUCUCAAAGCUGUUCAUUAAAAUAUGUGCCACAUUUUAAUUUCCAGGAAAAUAAACUGUAAAUACUACAUGUAGACAUGUUGGAUGUAGAGGACCAGCAACAGCUAAUGCUCAGAAACCAAAUACACAACGCAGGUAUGCAAAAUUGGAAAUCCUCGAUCAAUUUCUGUCUGUUAGCAGCUUAAUAACCUCAGCAACUAACAACAGUUUGAUCAAAACAAACAAAACACAACUCUGAAACUGAGCAGCUGAACAACAGCUGAACAAUUGUGCUUCAAUACUGAACAUUCAGAUUCAUUAAAUAACUCUUUAUCUAGUUGUUUUCCAACUCAUUGGAAAACAACUAGAAUUCAAUGGUUUGUAGAUAUUAGGGUGAACCAACAAUUAUUUCUGUUAUCAAUUAAUCUAGGGCUGCAACUGAUGAUUUUUUUCAUUGUAGAUUAAUUGUUUGGUCCGUAAAAUGUCAGAAAAUAGUUUUAAAAAAUUCCCAAAGCCCAAGCUGACAUAAUUAAAUUGCUUGUUUUGUCUGACCAACUGUCCAAAAACAAAGAAAACCAGCAAAUAGCCCCCAUUUUAGUGUCUGGAAUUAGUGAAUUUUUGGCUUUUUUGCUGUAAAAAUUAUGUAAACAAAUACUUGAUCAUCAAAAUAGUUAGUAGUAGUAAUUUCCUGUCGAUUGACUGAUCAGUUAAUUGACUAAUUGUUGCAGCUAUAGUAGAUAUACAGUAGAUAAAAUGCUACCUGUGAAUGAUUUUCAUAAUUGGUGAUUAAAAAGGAAUACUAGCACAUCGAGCUUCCCUAAAAUAUUCUGCAGGAAAUUAAGAAAUAAUUUAAUUUCACCACAAAUUCAUUCACUUGGAGAUAAUGUAUUUAAAAAACUGAUUGUCAGAAAUAAUCCAUAUUGGUCAGUACUGUUCUAUAAUCUCUGGUGCAGCAGGUUAACGUUGUGAUUUUAAAGACUGUUCUGUUACUGGACAGUCGCAGGUUCAAUCCCGGCUGCAGUCUGUCUCUGCCGAGGUGUCCUUGAGUGCAGAACAGCCUCGUCUCUGGCUGCUUCCGGUGGAACGCGUGCAUUCAGGUGAGGGAGCUUCGUGGCUAAAUCUUAAAACGCCUUAUAUGUUUGGGCACUUCCAGCUGCAGGCAGGAAGUUUGGAUUAAGUGAUGGACAUUUUUGAAAAACAAGAAAAACAACAUUUGUUUACUUUGUUUUAUUUUUACAGAAGUGUAAUUCGUAACAGUUUUGGAAGGCACAGACGAACCCUGUUGUCCUGCUGAUUCGGGCGUCAGAUCAGAAAACGCUUCUCUUCUGCAGGGCCGUUAGAAACGAUGCAUUUUGUCUUUUGAUUUAUAGGACUUCUUGAAAUGUGUUUAAUAUUUCAUACCAACAAGUUGAUCCUGCAGUAUAUAAGUGAAGCAAUGAUGAGGCAACUCUUUAAGCUCUGUGAUCUAUCAGAGCUUGAGGUAAUUGUUGGUGUUUGAAGCUAUUUAAAAUCUCCCAGAGCCGCGCCAGCAGAGUUUUCUCUGUUAAUCAAAGGUUGUCUGAGAAAUAUCCUGCCUCCCUCUCACUUUCACAGUCAGGGUGUGAUCACACCUGCGUUUUUUUGUGUAUGAAAACUGCGUUCUCACUCUGAACUCUGGACAAGUUUAAGUAUCAUGUGUCAUCCUGCCAGAUUAGUUUGGCAGGUUUGAAACAACAGAUAAGAAAGAAAUAGCCAACAAACUUCUGUCCGUUUAGACAUUUAUACCCAUAACUCCCUGUGUGCUGGUGUUGUUUUCUGUAGCUGGUGUGAACUGCAGGUUCAAGUGUCUGAUGUUCAUUUUUGAUCUUAACUUCAACAGCAUUAUUCUCUCCAGCCCAAACAAGCUGGACUGAAGUAGUAAAAUGUUCCCGAACUUAGCUGCUGCAAACCUGCCUGGUGUUAACACACUCUAAAAAACUUUUUUUUUAACCUGUUUCUCUAUAAUAUCCAUUCCACAUUAAACCAAAUUACAUUCACCUCUAUUGUAAUUGGCUGCAAAUGAAACCAAAACUGUCUCCACGAUAGAUAUGCGUGUACCACCUGGGGUGAGUGGAGGAAAACUGACCCUUCAGAGUUGAAAUUGUCUUAAAAUACAAACUUUUUUCCACAACAAGGUGGAGUUUCACUUCCUAAUUCCACAUCUACUGUGUGUCUUGGAAGUGAGUUAAAGAAUAUUGUUCCAUUAAGAAGACAGUUGAACUGGGGCUGUGUUUGAUUAUGUGAUCGACAGAUGUUGCUGCUCGCUUGCCCUGCUGCAGCUCCACCCAGGUUUACUCACCUUUACACAAAUUUGGAUUUUCUGACCCGAGCAGUGAACCCAGACAAGCCUCAAACUGUCGCUUUAAAAACCUGCGAGUGCUGCAUCCAUGUUUCUUCAGUUCAUGGUUUGAGCAUGUUUUUUUAGGCACAAAGAUGCUUAUAAUACUUAAAAUGAUACACAUACAGAAACAUCUAUAUGGAAAUGCUACUACAUGUUCGUACAUAUUACGUUUUAAGCUGAGAGUGAUGUAUAAUGAGCACCACAGUGGAAUUUGCUUCAAUCUGUACAUCACCAGUAUACAACCAAAAGUAAAGAGCACAAGCCGUUUCUGAGACUUCAGUAUGAUUGACAGAAAUGAGAAGUUAACAGAGGCAGAAGAGGUUUCUGUGUGAGAGUGAAGGAGAUAAAUAGAUGUGGGAGAGCCGAUGGGAUGCAGCAGAGACGCUGGAUGACGUGAGGUGAUUCUUGAAGAGAUGGAUUUUCAGCUUGCAGGGGGAAGACAGGGAGUGACUCUGCAUGAGGCUAAAUGCUGUCAAAGACACAUUCAGGUUUCCCAGAAUGAAAAGACAGAAAGCACGAAGAAGCCCUCUGACGCUGAUUCUUGUCGAGAGACAGGGAUUGGGUCUGCUUCAACCUGCAGGUCCUCAUUAGUGGGGGAAACAACACAGCAGCAGAAACGCAACGUGAUAGAGGGAAUGAUUGUUCUUGCUGGUUCGCUUCACACAGGUUGGACGCACAGAGCUGGAAGAAAGAGGUUUGAAAGGGUUUUUAGAGUUUAGUUACACGCACGGAUGGAUAGAAUCAGGUCAGGAGGAAGCAGACAGAAAGAUUGUUGAUUGCUUUUGUGGAAAAACUCCGCACUCUUAAAGGGGAAGUCUGUUUCCAGGUGAUGGGGAGCACGACUGCAUAUGUGAAAAAAGUAGUAUCGAGCCUUUAGUGUCUCCAGAGGGAGCCGUGUGAAGUCUGAUAAAUGUCCUCAAGGGCUGAAAUGAAAUCUGCAGGCUAGAGGCUCCAGGCUACAUUAGCCGACCCAGCUGUUUGUGGUCGAGAUGCAUUGUGGGUAAACAGGUUUUGACAAGGAAGAAGAAUGAGUGGAAUAAAAAAUAUGAUAUCUCUGGUUCUGCUGCAUCGAUUUUGUCCAUCGUGAGUCUGACGUGUUGUGUAAUGUUAAAUCAGUGGAGUACUCCUUUAAGAAUGUACAGACACAAUGUUAAACAUUAUUUGUUCAUGUAGACCUGAUGUAUACUUUGUUUUUAUUUAGUUUUGCAUCAUAGGUCUGGAAAAUGUAAUCUUGAAAUACUGCUUUAAGGAAAGUCAGGUUUAUUGUAUAGCACAUUUCAAACACAAAGGCAACUGAUAUGCUUUACAUAAAGCAAAAGAAACACAUUAAAACAACAUCUUUACUGUUUCAUUCCGUUGACUUAAGCUAGUUAGCUACAUGCUGUAAAAAAAAUCUUCACCCUCAAAAUAUGAUCUUUGGCAGGUUUCAAAACAUGCAACGAAUAAUUUCGAUAGUAAAAUUAAAGCGUUGGUUCACACAAAAUACAUCUCAACAAUGAACACAUUUAAAUACAUGAAUGAAUAUUUACUAGAAAUGAGGACAGAAGAGGACAAAGGAAGGACAUGUGAGUCUGGAGCAUCUGAAAAGAGCAAAACUAUGUUUCUGUUCCUCUGUGACGUGUUUGAAUGUCAAGACCGAACACGAGCACCUUGGUCAAAGACACCGAGAAAAUCAAUCUUUAUCCUGUCUGCAGCACGAUGACUGUUACCAUAGAAAUAGUCUAUUUAUAUCAAGGACUGUUGGUAGAGCAGUUCUCAGAUGUCAUGAAAAGUCCUUGUGAGGACACAACAGAGGAGACAAUGUUAUAAACUCUUAAAACCUCUGGUUGUGAAAUAUAUAAACCCGAGGAGCCUUUGUGGGAAUAAAUGGCACAUUUUUAGUACAAAUCAUCUGUAGGUGGAAGUUUUCCAAGAACCAAAGCUUUAAUUCACACCAGGCCAAGGGCAAAAUUUAGCUGAGUAGUCAGAACUUGCUGCUGGAAAUCAUGAGGACAAAGCAGACAGAUAGCCCCGCUAUGCUAAUGAAUAAAACCUUAGCAUAUGAUUAGUACUAGUUGAUUCAGGGGGUCAUCAAAUCCCAAAGUUACUGUAGCUACACCUUUGAUUAUUAGCAUUUAAAUAACUUGUUUUAUUUUUAAUAACUGUGAGCGAUAUAUAUAUGAAUCUGUAAUGGGAAAAUAUCUGUAUAUGACUGGAUAGAGGAGAGUGUCAGUGUUGCGUAGUAUAAUAUAUAUUGAUAGUGCAACACAAAAACAUUUUGGAACUUCUGUUAUUAUUCUUUGUCCUACUUCUCUUUUGGGAGUAAUCAUGCGCUAAGAUUUGGAAUUACAGUUCCCAUGAUGCUUUGGGGGAUGUAAACAGGAAGUAUAGUUGACAUGGAUUUAGUGAGUUACUGGGGCCUACAACUUGAGUCCCAUUAUUUAUUUUUUAGCCUACAUUGUUUUGCAUUUUGGCAGAUUGGCACCAUUAAAAGUAUGCCGAAUUAGCAUUACCUGUUUGCACCGUACCCAUGGAUGUACAGACAGCUAU